GGGGAAGGAGAGAGGAAGGAAGGAGGGAAGGGAAGGAGGGAGGGAGGGGGUGAGGAGGAGGAGCUGCUGCCCUGUGCGUCUGCGCUGCAUCCCGCAGUAGUGUCGCUGCCUCCUAGUCCUCUUUCUGCAGCCUUCUUCCUGACCCUGACCCUUCUCACAUGUCUAUGGUUUGCUUCUUCGCCUCCCUGGUCUCCCUGACCCUGCACCGCCACCCUACCAUCAUCGCCCCCCCCCUCCCAACACACACCCAGUCUUGCCUUCUCCUACGAGAUCCUUACCCCCGCCGCGCUCAACUUCUUCGUCUCCUACGCGGACGGCGCCGUGGAGAGCCUGUGGUCCAUUGACCAGUACUUUGAGUUCGUGCUGGUGCUCAUGCUGAGCACGGGGCUGUCCUUCCAGGUUCCCGUGCUGCAAGUGAUGCUGGGCCAGCUGGGCAUCGUGAGCAGCGACCAGAUGUUCAGCGUGUGGCGCUACGUGGUGGUGGGGGCAACCGUGGCAGCGGCGGUGCUCACACCCUCCACCGACCCCUUCACGCAGGCGCUGCUCGCCAUUCCGCUGAUCGGCCUAUACAUGGGCGGUGCGGGUAUGGUACGAGCCAUCGAGCAGUCCAAGAAGGGCAAAGAGGGAGCCGCAGCGGCGUGAUGAGCUGGGGGGGAGAGCAGCAUGGGGGCAUGGGGGCAUGAGCAGGGGCAAAGCGGGGGCAGCAGCUGUUGCUGCUUGAACUGUAGCAGUAGCAAGGGUUGCAAGAGGAAGAGGAGGAGAAGGAGGAGGAGGAGCAGGUAGAACCCUGAAUGGGCCCCCCUCGACAGCACGCUGCUGGCAACCCGGGGCACCACUCAAGCAGCGACUAGCGGCAGUGGCGAGGCGAGGCGCAUGUUGGGUGGUCGGAAGGGGCGGGAGAAGGGGGAAGGUGGUGGAGGUGCCAGCGUCUCUGGUCUACUCGCAGCAGGGUUGAGAGCUGGCGGGUAGGGGAGGAACGAAGGAGCUCCAGUCCCGACAGAUGAGGUAUCAGGGGCAGCAGCAGAGGCAGCAUGCGGGCCGCAUGCGUGUUUCGGAUGUUGGAUGUUGUUGCGGCGUUGAGGGUGCUCUCGGGCGUUGCGUGUGUAACCGACUUGGUGAGAGGUGUGUGAGAGGUGCGCAUAACCGCAUGUGGUGGACGGACAGGAGGGAUGGGAGUGUUGAGCUGUGUGGGAUGCAUAUGCAUGACUUUGUGCAACAUGAGUGCUGGGGCUAUGGGAGCUGGGCUGGUAAAGCUGGGGGCAGCUGUGAAAGGGCGCGUUAUUAGGAUGUUAGGAGCUUAGGAACGCGGGACGUUCCAUACACUGCAUUGAAGGUAGAGUGAGGACUGUUGCUUGCGGGAUGGCCUCCGCUUGUUGUUGCCAGGUGGGCUGUCAUCGCCGCCGUUUUUGUAUUGAGUGAGGAGUUGAGUGAAAGUGUGAAUGAACGAGUGGGGAUAGAGAGGAAAGGGAGCUGUGUGGCUGUGUUUAGCCUGCUGCGUCGUUACUAGUGCAGUGUACUAGCGCACCUUUACAGGAAGAAGCGAAGCAAGUGGGGAAGCACCACCACACCAAAUGUACCCCGAACUGGGGAAUACCCAAGUGUGCUGCAGAUAAGUGAGCGAAGAUGUGCCAAUGUGAGUGGGGGUGGGUGUGUGCGUGGGAGGCUUUACGAUUUGGGCACUGUCUGUGGAGUGUAUGGAGCCGUGUGUUCUGGCUUCAUGCUUUAGGUCGUGUGCCGCGCCUUCUUGAACAGGGGGGGGGGUGGUUGGUUCGUUGUAAACUUCUAGGUGUCCUUCCGAUGGUUGAAUGACGCGCAUACAGGAAUGGGAUUGGGCAUGAUGUCUAUGUUUUGGGAAGCCUCCGUGGCUCUUGAUGGUAGGUACGAGGAGGUACCAAGCGAGCUACUGCAGCAACAUAAUAGCUAUUGCAGUUAGCAGAGGCACAAGGAGCCUCAAAGGGAGCCCUUGUGUUUCGGACGCGCUGAAGGAAGCGCGGCCAAGGUUAGCAGAAAAGAUAUUACAAAGCUGUUACGGAGCCCAUCGGCAGCAGCCCAUGCAAAUUGCCGUACGCUCAUCCUCUAUUCGGCACCGUGGUCGUCUUUUAUUGUGGAUAUUACGCAUAGAAGGAAGGUCGCCUUCCUGGUUCGGGUAGACUUGGUUGUUAAUGGCGCCGCCCCCACAUUGCUCUAAAUAAGGUGUCCGCCAAGACGCUAGGACUUAAUCGUGACAAAUGACACGUUUAAGCGUCGGUCUGCUAAGUAGGCUAGGACAUGUUAGGGGUUCAUCCCUACCCGCAUCUAGCGCGUUCAUCGAUGGACUGGAUACAGCGGCGGUGGUGGGCGAUGGAUGCAGCACAAGCUUUGCACCAGCAGCCCCUGUGGGCGUCAGGGCAUACGCCGGCACAACAAACUCAAACGCAAAGCGCUACAACUUUAUCCAGCCAGUUGAUACAAACAAAAUCAACGCGUUGUUAGAGUCGGCCACGCUGCUGGAGCAUGCUGCCGUGCCAGUCCUCAAGUAUGGUGCCUGGUUUGACCCCGAGCAAGUCACUCGGACGCUCCAGCGUGUUCCGCGGAUGGUCCGAUAUCAACGGCGGAAGGGCAAGAGAGCCUCUCCCGGCUCCCCAGCCGCCACCGCUCCCCUGCUGCUGGACGCGCUGGGCUCCCGCCUCGCCCAGGUCGCUCCCGAUUGCUCCGAUGAGCAGCUCGCACGGGCGCUCUGGGCGUACGGCGUCAGCCGGCACCCCAACCCCGCCGCUCUCCUCGCCGCCUGCGAGCAGCUGCCCCGCCGGCUGCCCUCCAUGCCCCUAACGCACCUCGCUACAGCAGCCUGGGGCCUCGCAGCCGCCGCCUCCGCACCCGGCAGCAGCAGCAACAAGCAGCUGCAGGACGCCGUGCGGGAGACCCUGGCGACCGUCGCACGCCACUUGGCUGCCUCGCGACCCGAGAGCUUCCAUGCGCUGCCGCCCCCCGCUGCUGCUGUUUCUGACAGCAGCAGCAGCGUCGGUGCCGGCUCCAGCCGUAGCCGCAGCCUGGCUCACCAGAAGGGCUCCAGCAGCAGCAGCGGCCGGGCCUCUGCCUCUUCUGCGCCGCUGCAGCCCGCUGCGGAGGUGGUGGCCGCUGCUGCGGGUCGCAGUGCGCUGGAGGCUGACCGGCCCUGGCUGGACCAUCGCUCGGCGCUGAAGCUGGCCUGGGCCUUCGCCACCGCGGAUGUGCGGGACGCGCAGGCUCUGGACGUAAUCGGUGACGCCGCCGCGGCCCGCAUCGCUUCCCAGCUGCAGUCCCACGACCCCGCCUUGGGCCCGCUGGCUCCCCGCGCCACCUACCUCUACCGCACCAUCCGCGGCUGGCAGGCCUGGCCGCGCCCCCGCCCUCCCCGCGCCGGCACCGCCGGCGCCCGCAGCCGCUACCUGUACGACGAGCGGCCGCGGGUGGUGCUGCGGGACUUCACGCUGGGCUCGCUGGCACCGCUGCUGGCGUGCUUUGGGAGGUUGGGUCACCGUCACGAGGGGCUGCUCAAGGCCAGCGCCCAGCACGUGGUUGCCUCCGCCGGCCCAUCCCUCUGCGUGCACCCGCACGACCUCACCCGCCUCACCGGCGCCCUGCACGCCCUGCGCUCCCCCCAGCCGCAAGCUCUGGCAGCCCUGCUGGGCCGCGUGCAGCUGACGGACCUGCCUGCACCCGUGCUGGCACGCCUGACGCUGCUGGCGGCGGAUUGGGGCGUCGCGAAGAAGGCGUUGUACGGCAGGCUGGUACGGCAGCUGGCGGCGCGGGCGUGGGUGGUGCCGGCGGGCGGUGUGUUGGCGGCAAAGGAUGCGGCGGAGGAGGGCGGUGUGGCGGCGCCGGUGGUGUACGAUGAGAAUGCCGCAAAGGGUGCGGAAGGGAAGGUCGAGGAGGAGGGGCUGGAGGUGAGGUUGGACGCCCGGGCUCGGGUUGCGGGAGGGCUGCGGUCCUGGCAGGCGAAUGAGGCGCUGCUGGCGCGGCAGGGGGAGGAGUGGGCGCGGGUCCGGAACGACCCACGGGACAGGGUUGAGGCGGAGGAGCUGGCAAAGCUGCUGAUGGUGCUGGGCAAGGUGGGAUACGACGAGCGUGACUCGCACUUUGCCCGGGCCCUCUUCGCGGCCGUCCUGCCUCGCCUGCCCAACAUGCGCCGGGACGCAGUCGCCGACCUCGCCCUAGCCGCCGUGCACUUUGCACACCACUUGGACGGCGACGGCGACGCUUCAGAUUCUUCCGGCUCGGACUCCGAUUCGGACUCGUCUUCCGACUCUUCAUCUUCCUCUGCCGCCGCCGCGUCCAUUCGGUCGCUGUUACCUGUCCCCGGCGCCCUGGACCUCCUCCGCGACUGCACCAACGUCGUACUGUACGGCAGUGCGACGGGCGCCAGGGUUGAAAACCCGGACCUCCGCCGCCGUCUCUUCGCCCUGGCAGGCUACGGCAGCAGGGGCUCCUCUCCCGCCGCCGCCGCUGCAGCUGAGGCAAACGACGACGCGCAAGCCGCGGAUCUGCGCACCGGUCUCGGCUUGUCAGCCGGCGGUGCGUUGCGACUGGCGCAGGCUCUGACGGCUCGUCCCGAGGCGGUUCAGGAGAAGGAGCUCCGGGCGGUGUUGGCGCUGGUUGACACGCAGGGCGCGGGUCGCAAGCAGCUUGGGGAGCUGGUGAGCAAGAUGCGGCAGCGGGGGCGUGAGGGGGUGCUGCCGCCGCGUCUGCUGGCGGCAUGUGGGGAGCAGGUGGUGUCGCAGGGGCAGCUGGGGCAGCAGUAAGGGGCCGGAAGGGAGCGGGCUAGGGAGAUGGAGGAGGGGUAGAGAGGGCCAAUUAUGAUGGCUUGCCAGGCCAGCUCGGGGGCCGGGGGCAAGAAGGGGAACGUCCUCUGUGGCUGCCGCCGGAGCCGGUAGCAUUGACAUGGAGGUAAGGCAAGGGGGGUGCGUAGGGGUUGAGGAGGACACAGGGAGGAGUACAUGGCACGGGGGACCGCGUAAGGGGCUUGCGGCGGGGCAACGGUGGUGUUGCUUGAUUCGCUGGUACGGCCGGGUUGGGUCGUGGUGAUAAGAGGAGGCGGACUGCUAAGAGAUGGGAAAAGGGAGGGGGAAAGUGUUGCUAGGCGAAGGGUGAAGGGGCCUCACGUGGUGAUGUGAGGCAUAAAAGCAGCGGCCGCUACGGCGGGCUACACUUACGGUGCUAUCUGUGGCCACAGGGAAAGGGGACAGUGCAUGCAGAAGGACAUUUAGAAAACGGAUGGCCUUGGGUAGGUUGAGUAUGUUCGUUUGGAUGGCCCCUGGGACCCAUGGGUCAACUGCGAGUGCCAGGCAGCACAGGCUGUGGCUGAUCACGUGGGAUAAGUUUCAAGGGCGUGUGCGGUCUGAAUUCGUAGUGGGGUGGGAAGCAGGCUUUUGGGUUGCGGCUCCCCAUGCCGCGGUUGCUGCUUUGCUCCGGUUGAGUGAGAGCUACAAGGGGUCCUAGUCACAUGGCUACCCCUUGCUGGUUGCGGCAUCACAGGUGGCUCUUGUUGGAAACAUUACCUGCAUCUCUUUCUAACGUUGCGCUGGAGUACAUGCCAGUUUUGUAACGUAGUUGGAAGCGGCAACUCAGGUGCGCUCUGAAACUCAGGCCCGCGGUCCUCUCCGUAGGCACAGAUCGAGGAAUGGAC